GAACCUUGCAACUGCGACUUGCUGGACAAUUUUUGCAGUUUAAUGUCAAUGAUUGCCGUCAAAGAAAACUUUGUCGCAGACUACGAAAAGAAGUAUCCGUUGGUUAACGACCUUCAGCGUCUGAAAAGGCCGGACAGCGUUGGUCGGUAUGCGCAGAAAAUUGUCCCAUAUCGUCGCGUCAUUUGCAUUUCCAUUUUCUUUUACAAGGACGACGAACAGCACUAUGUUGCAACCGAAGGCAGAUCAUCGCAUGAGGGUCAAAUCAGCUACGUUUCAAAGUCAGCUAACGAUCACUUGGAACCGUUGUCUCAAGGGAUGAAAGAGAAGAUUAAGCAGUUGUUUGCUGAGCGUGACGAAGAAGAACGACGUAUUCAUCCUCAUUACGUUGACCUCAUGUACAAUGAUGAUUACGACGGCGAUGAAACAUACGCCUGCGAUUACCCAAUUCCAUCUCUCUGUACGGACCUCACAUCGAUUGAAAUUUCUUCAGAUGGUGAAGAUCCCAAUUUAUAUGAAGGAUACGAGCCGAGUACCUGUUCCGAUCGAGAUGAGAAUACGAAGCCCUUGGCCAGUGAAACGGGAGCGGUCACUGAAAAAAUGAAGGACUUCUCGGUGUAUGAAGUUGAUAAUCAAGUUCAAGAUAGUGAAGAUACGGAAGCAGUUUCGCCUGAUGGUCAGAUGAAUGCACCAAAGCAAAACAUUCAGUUUUCGAAUAAGAAGUACAAGGAAAAGCUUGCAUUUGACAAUCCUGUUCGUAAGGCCAAGGUCGCUGAUGAUGCUGACAAAAGAAAAAUGCCGUCCACUAGUAAGGAAGGGGAAAUUAAACCCCAGAAUUCGAAGAAAGAGUUCAAAAAGAAAGUUGCAGUCGAGAAUCCCGUUGAAGAAACGAAAUCCAUAGCCAGCAGUAAGAAUAAGGACGCAAAAUCAUCUAUCGGUGAGGGAAAAGAAUCCCAGCCUCAGUCUUCUGAUCGGAAGUAUAAAGAAAAGCAUAAGGGUCGCAUUGCCAACCAUGACCGUAAGAAACUGGCCACGAGGAAGCAAGCGAUGGGAUUCGGCUACAGUUAA